UUUUUUUUUUUAAAUUUUGGUGUGCUUUUUUUGGUCCGCUGGUUUUGCUGUUGUGCUCCGGGCACCAUGUCAAAUUCGGGCUCCCAUCAAGACACUGGGAACAAGCCAGAGACGGAAAAAAAUAACCAAGAUGACUCUCAACCCCCUGUCAACUCCGAGAGGAGGAACAAAAGUGGAAUAAUAAGUGAACCUUUGAACAAAAGUCUUAAGAAGUCCCGUCCACUCUCCCACUAUUCCACCUUUGGUAGCAGCAGCUCGGUAAGCGAACAUUCAGAGAAAGGCAACCCCUUAGCUAAUGGCAACGAUGCGACUGUGGAUAAAAGUCAUUCUACCUCAAAGCACAAAAACAUCUCUAGUAUGCUGAGCAAAUUAGACCGGGUGUCGGAGCUCUCCGCAGAAGGACAGACCGCCCUCCAACAGUUUGCUCAGUCGACAGAAAUGCUCAAAAGAGUGGUACAGGAGCAUCUUCCUCUAGCAGGCGACCACGGGACUGGUAUCUCUGACAUGGAGGCAGUCUCAGCUGCAGAGACAAUGAACGGCCCCUCUGAUUUUCCUUACCUGGGGGCUUUUCCCAUCAACCCAGGCCUUUUCAUUAUGACCCCUGCCGGCGUGUUUCUGGCAGAGAGCGCGCUCCAUAUGGCUGGGGUGGGUAUGCAGAAUGAGUUGGCAUCUGCCAUCAAUUCGGGGAAAAAGAAACGGAAAAGAUGCGGCAUGUGCCCGCCCUGCCGAAGACGGAUAAACUGCGAGCAGUGCAGCAGUUGUAGGAAUCGCAAAACUGGCCACCAGAUUUGCAAAUUCCGAAAAUGUGAAGAACUCAAAAAGAAGCCUUCUGCAGCACUGGAGAAGGUGAUGCUUCCUACAGGAGCCGCGUUCAGAUGGUUCCAGUAGGAACGGGAAUCCCAAAGCUCUGUCAUCCAAGUGCAAUGUCACUGCUUGCUUGUGUUGUCUCAGGCAAGGGAUUUUUGGCUGAAAUGAAUGGAUGCACCUGUGUCUCUUUAGAACCAAAAAUAUUUUCUCGCAAAUCUCAUUCCUGUUUUUAUAAUUUUUUUCUUUUUUUUUCUUUUUUUUUUGCGUUCAUUUUAACAUCUUCGAGUCCUAGUCAGACAUUUAACUGCUUUUCAAAUAAAAGACAAAAAAUAAUUAAAAGAAAAAAACAAUGGAUCUGUAAAGUACCAAGACUUAAUAGACAGAGUAUGGACAAUCAGUUUCUUUCUGUGUUUUGGUGUUGAUGUUGUUU